CAGCCGCGCCGAGGCGCAGCCGACUCAGCCCCUCCGCUUUCCACGACACGCGCCGAUAGGGCCCGAUCGCGCGCGCCGCCGCCGCCUGCCCGCCUCCCUCAGGAUCGAUCUCGCCGCCGCGCGCGGCUGCGCAGGGCGGCUGGCGGACCGGCGCACGCGUCCUCGCUGCGCCGCCGAUUCUCUUCAAGGUCCACAGCCGCCGCAAGGAGGAAGCACGCGGAGGCGCUCAAGUACUGGGACCUCUGCUGGCUGUUCAUUCACUCCAACUGAGAGCAGCACCAACUACAACAAUGCUGGACCUGAUUUACAAGUUCGCUCGUGAUUUGGUGCUGGCCGAGGAUCCGCAGGCUGAAGAGGUUCUCCGGUUCUCAACUCACCCAGAAAGGUUCUGCGCCGUUUGCAAAUUGGUGAUCCCAUCGCUUGAAGCAUCAUGGAAACCUGACGACUGUGAUCAUGUCAUCUGCAUUUCCUGCCUAUGGCAAUAUGCACCAGAGACAGAGGCCACUGGGCUGCCCAGUUGUGCUGUGGCUUCCUGUGAAUCCUUGCAUAAGUCGGAGACACAUCAGGGGGUCGGUGUGAAUCGCAGCACUUUGAUCUCAACGAAAGAAAUGGACAGUGGAAAAGGGAAAGAACCAUUGGAUGUUAUGAUUCAGGAGGUGGGCCAAUGCUCUCGUGGUGCAAAUGUGAUGGCUAGCAGUGAGUUCUACUGCACUAUAUGCAUGGAGACAGUGCACGUAAGAGAGGUCUUCCCAAUUCCCGGGUGCACACACCUCUUCUGUGUGAGCUGUCUGAGACAAUACAUCAUGGCGAAGGUUGAGGAUAACGUGUUGUCCAUUGGCUGCCCUGAACCUGGAUGCAAGGAUGGCACACUGGAUCCAGAGGCUUGCCAGGAUGUGAUUCCACCGCAGCUGUUCCAGAGGUGGGGCGCUGCACUCUGUGACUUGGCACUGGGGGCAUUCAAGUUCCACUGUCCCUUCAAGGACUGCUUGGCAUUGCUGGUCGAUGAACGUGGCCCUCGUGAGGCAGCAAUAAGGAAAGCUGAGUGCCCACACUGCUCCCGGAUGUUUUGUGUGCAGUGCAAGGUAGCAUGGCACCAUGAAGUUACCUGUGAAGAUUUUCAGAGGCUCGGGACUGAUGAGCCGAGGCUAGAUGACCUGCUACUGAGGAAGGUCACGCAGGAGAGCAUGGCACAACCAGAUCCUGUGGGUUCCUGUGAAUCUUUGCACAAGUCAGAGACACAUCAGGGGAUCAAUGUGGGUCCUACUACCUUGAUCUCAAUCAAGGACAUGGACAGCUACAAGGGGAAAAAGCAAUUUGAUGCUAUGCUUCAGGAGCUAGCCCAAUGUUCUCGUGGUGCCAAUGUGAUGGCCGACUGCGAGUUCUACUGCACCAUAUGCAUGGAGACAGUGCACAUCAGAGACCUCUUUCCCAUUUCUGGGUGCACACACCUCUUCUGUGUCAACUGCAUGAACCAGUACAUCACUGCAAAGGUCGAGCAUACUGCGUUGCCCAUUGGAUGCCCUGAACCAGGAUGCAAGGAUGGUUUAUUGGACCCAGAGGCGUGCCGUGACAUGAUCCCGCUGGAGCUGUUCCAGAGGUGGGGCACUGCACUCUGUGACUCGGCACUGGGGGCAUUUAAGUUAUACUGCCCCUUCAAGGACUGCUCGGCAUUGCUGGUCGACGAAUGUGGCUCUCGCAAGGCAGCAAUAAGGAAAGCUGAGUGCCCACACUGCUCUCGGAUGUUUUGUGCGCAGUGCAAGGUGGCAUGGCACUACAGGGUCACCUGUGAAGAUUUCCAGCAGCUCAGGAAUGAUGAACAGGUGCGAGAUGACCUGCUGCUGAGGAAGGUUGUGCAGGAGAGUAAGUGGCAGAGGUGCCUCCGGCGUGUGGUGACUACAUGUCAAUCUUUGUGCAAGUCAAAGGUACAUCGGGGGAUCGAUUUGGGUCAUAGCACCUUGAUCUCAACCGAAGACAUGGACAGCUGCAAAGGGAAAGAUCCAUUGUAUGAUAUGCUUCAGGACCUAGGGCAAUGCUCUCCUGGUUCGAAUGCGAUGGCCAGCUACGAGUUCUACUGCACCAUAUGCAUGGAGGCAGUGCACGUCGGAGAGCUCUUUCCGAUUUCUGGGUGCACACACCUCUUCUGUGUCAGCUGCGUGAGCCAGUACAUCACUGCGAAAGUCGAGGAUAAUGUGUUGUCCAUUAGCUGCCCUGACCCAGGAUGCAAGUAUGGCGCAUUGGACCCGGAGGCGUGCCGUGAUGUGAUCCCACCACAGCUGUUCCAGAGGUGGGGCGCUGCACUCUGCGACUCAGCGCUGGGGUCAUUCAAGUUCUACUGUCCCUUCAACGACUGCUCGGCAUUGCUUGUCCAUGAGCGUGGCCACGGUGAGGGUGAGGCAGCGAUAACGAAUGCUGAGUGCCCACACUGCCGCCGUAUGUUCUGUGCGCAGUGCAAGGUGGCAUGGCACGAUGGCAUCACCUGCGCGGAGUUCCAGCGGCUUGGGAAGGACGAGCGAAGCAAGAAUGACCUACUGCUGAGGAAGGUCGCGCGGGAGAGCAGGUGGCAGAGGUGCCCCAAAUGCAAGAUGUACGUGGAGAGGGCCGAGGGCUGCGUGUACAUUGUCUGCAGGUGUCAGCAUCGCUUCUGCUACCUCUGUGCAUCCCCAAUGUCCAAUGGCAUACAUCGUUGCAGCAGGUGCAAGAGGACCUGGUGAAUGAUCUGAACUCCUGAAGCUUCAAAGCUUUACGCGAGGGAAGUAGGUUUCUGAACUCUCUGUAAAGCCAUUCAGUUACUGGUAUGACUGCUUUGGUUAGCAUUAGAUCGUGCAUUCAUGAUUGACCAAAUCAUUAUCAGAAGUAGAACUACUGGAUCGCUAUUACUAUUUAUUAAACAUCACAAAGUAUAUAUUGUUUAGGAAAAGACAUGGAGACGACACUUAAUUUAGUCUUGCAGCCUAAUGUAGCGACUUAUGAGUUAGAUACAGCUGGUGACUUUCUUAUGAAGAAAGCAUAAGGUGCUGUUUGGUUCGGCAAAUAUCGCCCUGUAUUCGAUAACACGGUAACAGAUACUGAUUAUAUAUGUUUGAUUAUAUAUGUUUGGUCGG